UUGAAUUCCCUGCGGCUCGGGAUUGAGAAUCCGCGCAGGCGCAGGGCUAGGCCCCCAGCGCGCGCACGUCUUUCUUGUCUGCGCGCACGUCUCCCCGGCGCGCGUGCCGUUGUGCUGGCUUCCGGCACAGCGGAGGGCGGCGGGGACCAGAGUUACCGCGCCGAGGAGGGAGAGGGCGGGUGGGCUUGGCCGGCUCCUCCCUGUGGAGCUUGAGGGCUCUGCAGUGGAGAUAAUGGAUACACUGAGGGGAGAGCAGGGUGAAGACAGAAAGUUCUGGUAGGGGAGGUGAAUGGGACGCCUGAGCGCCAGGGUUCCCUCACUGAGUCUCAGGAAUGACAGUUCUUUCCUAUCAGUAAAAUGACCGGAGAAAAAAUCCAGUUAAUUCAGGCAAGGAAAGGUGGCGAUGCCAGAGGACAGAAGACAAACGUCGACUGCACCUCACUAAGCACGUGGAGGGCUGGGACAGUGUCUCACUCAGGAGCUUCAGGACCUGGCAUUUUCCAUACACAGAGUAGGUGAUUGCCCACAGUCACUAUCAAAAGUCCAAAAGAAUUUCCAUCUUUUUGAGCAUGCAAGAUGAAAUUGAGACAGAAGAGAUUAUCAGGGACAUUUUCCAACAAGGCAAAACCUGCUUUAUCCCUCGGUACCAGUUCCAGAGCAAUCACAUGGAUAUGGUGAAAUUAGCAUCACCUGAAGAAAUUUCUUCACUUCCCAAAACAUCCUGGAAUAUUCAUCAGCCUGGUGAGGGUGAUGUUCGGGAGGAGGCCUUGUCUACAGGGGGACUUGAUCUCAUCUUCAUGCCCGGUCUUGGGUUUGACAAACAGGGCAACCGACUAGGGAGGGGCAAGGGCUACUACGACGCCUACUUGAAGCGCUGCUUGGAGCAUCAGGGGGUGAAGCCCUACACCCUGGCCCUGGCUUUCAAAGAACAGAUUUGCCUCCAGGUCCCAGUGGAUGAACAUGACAUGAAGGUAGAUGAAAUCCUUUAUGAAGACUCCUCAACAUGUUAAAUCCAGAUGACCACAGCCCAAUAAUCAGUGUUGUAUAUGAGAGUAAAAUAAAAUAUGUAUAUUUUUCCCUUGUCAAAAAUGAGUUGAAAUUGGACAUUCGUGUGAAAUGGACUGCAUUUUAAAAAUGUGAUUAUAAAAUACCUAACAAAACUAUCUUUAAAAA